AUUGUUAAUAAGAAAAAAAUUAAUGAUCGAGUUCCAAAUGUGGAAAACAAGUGCAUCGACAAUCUUGGAGAAACUACAAAAACUUCCCACAGCAAACGACGCGAAAAAGGAACAUCGAGUUUAGGUGGGCGCCUCUAUUCUGCCAAGAACUACAGUUCCCAAAAUGCACCGAAACAAGCACCUUGGAAUGGAGCCCUGAGCGGCCGCAAGGGAUUGAGGGAGGCGUGGUUUCCCUGUGAAUGGGGCGUUUCGCCUCUCAAGGGCGGGAGAAUUUUGGAGACGGCCUCCUGGGUUGGCGGGGCAAGGGGUAGGGAGCGGCCAAUCAACGAGCCAGUCCCUGGAAGCGCCGAGACGCGGCGAAUAGGAACGCAGCGGCUUCAGGCACAACUGGCGCGCAAUAAUUUGAAUACAUUCACGGAGCGACUGGCUCGGCUGAGGAGAGGUCGCGCGACUGUGAGAACCAGGAAUUCUAUUAAGAAUAUGGCAUCUUUUACCCCAAGGAAAAGAAAGCAACAUUCUUUCAACUAUGACAGCCUCUUAUCAGACAUUCCAUCAAAGAAAUUAAUAUUGGACUUUACUGAAAAUAUAUUUCUACCAUCUAAUAAAAAGCACAUUCUUCAAAACAGUGAUAAAAAUGAAGAAAAGAUGCACUGCUUUCAACAAGACCAUUUCAUUUCAAGUUCGCUUAAUACAUCAUUUCCUACAGCUAAAAAGAAUAGAUCACCAUCUGUAAAUCAAGGUUCACCAUUUAAAUCUGCUGUAUCCACUGUAUCUUUUUACAACAAAGAUAAGUGGUACCUCAAUCCGUUGGAGAGAAAGCUGAUAAAAGAAAGUAAAGCCACUUGUCUAAAAACUAAUAAUGAAGAUAAAUCUUUUCCCAGUGUGCUGGAAAAAAUGCAAGGAAAACCAGUCUGCUCCAAGAAGACGAACAAAAAACCACAGAAGAGUUUAACUGCUAAAUGUCAACCAAGUUAUAAGUGCAUCAAACCUGUAUCAAGGAAUUCUAGAAAUUCCAAGCAAAAUAGAGUAGCUUAUAAGCCAAUUGUGGGGAAAGAGAAUAAAUGUUAUUCAGUUGAAAAUAAUUUGAAUGCUCCUCGAGUACUAAGCCAAAAAAUAAAACCACAAGUUACACUCCAGGGUGGAGCGGCAUUUUUUGUUAGUAGAAAAAAAUCUUCCCUUAGAAAAUUGUCUCUGGAGAAUAAGUCAUUACUGGGACCUACUGGAAAGAAUAAAUCAGAAGUGAUUGAAGAUUCUGAUGUAGCGACUACCCAUGAAAGAAGAACUUUUGAGACAAGGCAAGUGCCUAAGUGCUUGUUAAAGGAACUGAACAUGGAGCUACUGGGUGCAAGAAGUAAAAACGAGAAAUUAAUGAAGGAUUCAUCAGGUGGAGUAGUAUCUUCGAGAGGAUAUAAAGUUGAUGAAAAUAAGCAUUUCCCCUUAGAGGAUACCCUCAGUGAGAACAAGGCAGCUGCCCCAGAGUCCAUUGUCUACCCCAUUUUCACUGUGUCUUCAGUCAAUACAAAAAGAUCUCUAGCUGAAGAACAAUCUUCUAUGGGCUCCAUUGUAUCUACUAACUUCUUGAAACAGACCAGCAUGCAGAAAAAUGCCAGAGAUACAAAUAAAGAAAUAAAAGACCAGUUCAUCAUUGAUGCAGGUCAGAAGCAUUUUGGGGCCACUACGUGUAAGUCUUGUGGCAUGAUCUACAGUGCUUCUAACCCCGAAGAUGAACUGCAGCAUGCUCAGUAUCACCAGAGAUUUCUGGAGGGAAUCAAAUAUGCAGGUUGGAAGAAAGAACGUGUAGUUGCAGAGUUUUGGGAUGGAAAAAUCGUGUUGGUCCUGCCACAUGAUCCAAAUUAUGCUAUCAGAAAGGUAGAAGAUGUCCAAGAACUUGUCGAUGAUGAACUGGGAUUCCAUCAAGUUAUUCCUAGAUGUCCAAACAAAACCAAAACUUUUCUCUUUAUAUCUGAUGAAAAGAAAGUAGUUGGGUGUUUAAUUGCAGAGCCCAUCAAACAGGCUUUCCGUGUCCUGUCUGAACCAACUGGUCCAGAAUCCCCAAGCUCUAAAGAAUGUCACAGGGCUUGGCAAUGUUCAAAUGUACCACAGCCUGCAGUCUGUGGGAUAAGUAGAAUCUGGGUCUUCAGACUGAAAAGAAGAAAGCGCAUUGCAAGACGACUAGUAGAUACUCUCAGGAAUUGCUUCAUGUUUGGCUGUUUUCUCAGCACUGAUGAAAUUGCAUUUUCUGACCCAACUCCAGAUGGCAAAUUAUUUGCAACCAAGUACUGCAACACCCCUAAUUUCCUUGUGUACAAUUUUAAUAGUUAAAGCCAGUUGCACCUUAUGAAACAGUUACUGUACGGGUAAGUACAGAUAAUAGUCCUUUAUCCCACAGUAAGAACCAUUUAAACAUAUUAAAACAAAAAACAUACCUCCCUCCCUUACAGUUUUGUUCCUUAUAAAUUGAGAAGUCAUGGAUACAUUUGUCAAAAAUUACCUGGGGAUUCAAAGAAAGGAAAAAUCUUUGGAUGCUAUAUAGUGAGUAAUAACCUGAGUCCUAAUUAUGAAACUUCGUAGCUAUAACUGGAAAAUUACUUGCCUGUUGACAGAGCAAGGUGGUGUUCUACAGAACUGUGACCAUUUAUUUUUAUAAAGUACACUUUUGGACCAGGAAUAUCUCAUGCCCCAUCACAAGCAAAAAGACACAUUUAAACCCAGACAAAUAAUUUUCAUGCCCAAUUUUUAAAAUUCCUGAAUUCUAUAUACAAAGCUCUUAACUUUAUAGACACUUGGCUGUAGGAACUCAAUUUGAACAUAUUGAGAAAGCUUUUAAUUCUAAUUUGUAACAAGAAAAGAUAAAGAGUAAGAUAUCCAUAUCCUUUUGUGUAGAAUAGAAUUCUAUGGCUUAUGUUUGAAUCUCCUUAAAAGUAAAAUGAGUCAGAUGCACACCAGUUGUCAGUUUUAAUUAAAAUUAAACUGAGUAAUGCACUAUUGUCAUUUCAUUAAAUUUUACUAUGUGAAUAUGGUAGUUGUGCUACUUAUUUUUAGUGAACUUGUUACUAGUAAUUGAUGUCAUUAACAAAAUGAAUGUCCGGUGGAUUAGAUGAUUCAUCUGGUUUCAUUUUAAUUUUUCGCUUGUUUAAAAUACAUGUUACUUGUUCUCAGACCAUCUGGCAAAAGUUCUGACGAAAUGUAUAGUUAACAGAACCAAGGUUAAUAUGUCUACACCAGUGGACCAGAGAAUAUGAUGGUAUUAUGUAAAUAAAUAUGCACAUAUUUUCGUAGUAUAAUUCUUAGAUAUUUACUUUGAAAAGAAUUAUUUAGAUUGUUUUCAUUCUAAAAUAUCACUUAACUGCUGCCUGACAUUAAGACUCCAAAGAAAUAGUCCAGUUCUGUUCUCGAGGUUGUAACUCUAUUCUAUUAAUCCGCAGUCUUAUUUGCUUUUUUUUGAGUUAACAUGGUUUCAAAAUGUAAAAGCCCGUGUUCCAGAAAGUAUAUCAAAAUGUUAAAAUGUAUGUUCCUGUAUACACAUUUUAAUGGUAUUUUCUGUGCUGCUGUUUUUAAUUGUUUAAAAUAUUUUAUUUAAAAAAUUUUAUUAACAUUAUUUUGUUCAGUGCUUUUGUGAUUAAGCAAUUAAACUUCAAUAUUUCUGAUACUGUAUUCCCU